AUGUCUGACAACAGACAAAGCAUUUACUCUCUGUCGGUAGACGAUCUGGUGAAGAAUGCCUCGGAUAUCGACAUGAACGGUAAAGACCGAUCCAAGGUUACCGUUUCCGACGUUUCUUUGGACCAACAAGCCAAACGGAACAAAUGGACCAAAGGGUUCUCCAGAAUGUUUGAAAAGAUCGAAGAGAGACCCACCCCUUCCAAUGUGUACAACUGGCGAAUCUAUGGUACUGCUCUCAUGGCAUCUGCUGCUGCCAUCAUUAUUGGUUAUGAUGGUGGGUUUAUUGGUGGUACCGUUGCCUUAGAUUCUUUUAAACAAGAGUUUGGACUUGCUGAUGAUGCUCAUCACUAUAAAAGUACCAUCUCGAAUGUUAUAUCUGUUUUCCAUGCUGGCUGUUUCUUUGGAGCGUUGAUUUCUUAUCCAUUCUCCUUUUAUUUAGGUCGUCGACUCUCUUUAAUCAUAGCUGCAGUGUUGAUCACUGUAGGUUCAGCUAUCAUGCUUGCAGCAAGUUCAAAAGUUGGGUUAGGUCCUAUUUACGCCGGAAGAGUCAUAGCAGGUAUUGCUGUAGGAUUCCUGACAAAUUUAACUCCUGUUUAUUUAUCUGAAAUCAGUCCUCCCGCCAUCAGAGGCCGUGUGAUUGCCCUUUAUGAAAUCGGCUGGAGAGUUGGUGAUUUGGUAGGGUUCUGGAUUAAUUAUGGUAUUGAUGAACAUAUUCCAAACAGCAAGAAACAAUGGUUUAUUCCAUUUGCCAUUCAACUUAUUCCUCUGGGUAUGUUCUUGUUGGGGAGUAUUUUAAUGAGAGAAUCUCCUAGAUGGUUAUUCUCCGUCAACAAAGAUGAGCAAGCUUUAAACAACUUAACUUGGUUUAGAGAACUUGAUGAAUCUCAUGAAUAUAUCAUCUAUGAAGUUAACCAAAUCAAAAUGUCCCUUGAAAAGCAAAGAGUUAGCAUUGGAUUAGGCUUAUGGGAUCCAGCUACUGAAGUAUUUGUUAGAAACCAUCAACUAUUGAAAAGAUUAUGCUUAACAUGUUCAUUAUUCUUGUUCCAGAACUUCCUCGGAAUUCAAAGUAUUAAUUAUUAUUCUCCAAUUAUUUUCCAAACCUUGGGAGUCAAAGGUACAAAUGCUACAUUAUUUUCCACGGGGAUGUUUGGGGUUGUUAAAUUUAUCUGUACAUUUAUUUAUGUACUUUUCAUUGUGGAUCAAUUUGGUAGAAGAAUUGCCUUUAUGUGUUCCAGUACUAUUUGUUCCAUUUGUUUCUGGUAUAUUGGAGCUUAUUUGAAACUUAAUGAUCCCACCAAACCAGGAAUUCUGGCAGGUCCAGGAGGUAAAACUGCUAUUGGAAUGAUGUACAUUUGGAUUGCUCUGUUUAUAUUAGCUUGGUCUGGAGGUCCAUUUGUUGUUGGUAGUGAAGUAUUUGAUACUAAUAUCCGGGCAUUCAUGCAAGCUAUUAAUGCAGCUGUUAGUUGGGUUCCAAUUUUCAUUAUGUCAAGAUUUACUACUAAUAUGAUAGACACUAUGAAGUUUGGUAUCUACUUUUUCUUUGCUAGUUUGGCAGCCAUUUCUAUUCCCUUUGUGUUCUUCUUUAUUCCUGAGACCAAGGGGGUUGCAUUGGAAGAUAUGGAUAAACUCUUCAAUUCUAAGGUUCCAACUUGGAAGGCUCAUAGUAUUUUAAUGGAAGAGACGAGGCACGUGACCGAAGAGGGUAUGCAUGAUCCUAAUAUUCAUUUGAUUGACAUUGGUAAGCAUGAACAUGAACAUAUUGAAGGGGAUUUGAUCACAAAGAAGGUAUAG